UGGGGCCUUCUGGCCUUUUUCUCCUUGUCUUCACAGAAACCAUUAUUGAGAAGCACAUGGGGCUGUUGUUAAAGUAGUAAUUAUUGAGCAGUGGAGCCGUUGUUCACAUUUAUCUGUUUGUUUCUAAGUGGACUCUUGACUUUACAUAACUAGCCCAGUCUUCCUUCUUCACAGCCACUUUAAUCUUCCUCCUCCAAUAUUUCAAACUACUCUCUAUCAGCUAAGCUUGCGACGUUUUCUUUAAUCCAACAAGAACAAAUGGCCGAUGCAAUCCUCUAUGGCGUUGUGCAGACGAUCAUUGAAAGCUUGGGCUCUUCCACUCUCAAUGAGAUUGGAUCGAUCUGGGGUGUCAACGAUGAGCUCGAAAAAAUGAAAGACACUAUUUCCACCAUUCAAGCUGUACUUGAGGAUGCAGAGGAGCAGCAGGUCAAGAACCGCCAAGUCAAGAACUGGCUCAUGAAGCUCAGAGAUGCAGCUUUUGAUGCGGAUGACUUGUUGAGCGAGUUCUCCACUUAUGUGUUGCAGCAAGAGGUGAUGGAUGGUCAUGAAAUUGUAAAGAAGGUACGCACUUUCUUUUCUAGUUCAAACCAACUUGUUUUUGGUAAUGAGAUGGCUGGCAAACUAAGUGCUAUGAGGGAGAGGUUUAAUGAUAUAGCGAAUGAUAGGAACAAUUUCCAAUUGAUAGAGCGUCCUUUAGAGACACGGGCUGUGAGUAGGGAGAGGGAAACUCACUCGUUUGUACGUGACAAAGAAGUUAUCGGGAGAGAGGAGGAUAAGAAGGCCAUCAUAGGUCUAUUGCAAGACUCUGAUGUGAAAGAAGAUGUUUCGUUCAUAUCCAUAGUAGGAAUUGGUGGGCUAGGGAAGACCACACUUGCUCAAUAUGUAUACAAUGAUAAGAUAGUCAAGGCUCAUUUUGAAUUGAAAAUCUGGGUGUGUGUUUCUGAUGUAUUUGACGUGAAAACAAUUGUUGAAAAUAUAAUUAUAUCCGCAACUAGAAAAAAACCUGAAAGCCUUAUAAUGGAACAUUUGCAAAUUGAACUUCGCGAAAUUCUUAAUCAAAAGAUGUAUUUACUUGUGUUGGAUGAUGUGUGGAAUGAGAAUGAAGAAACAUGGGGUAAAUUGAGAACUCUUUUGUUGGAUGGUAAAAGGGGAAGUAAGGUGGUGAUAACUACACGGACUAAAUUGGUUGCACAUAUUACCAGCCCAAUCUCACAAUAUUCUCUACAGGGCCUGUCAGAGGAUCAGUCUUGGUCAUUAUUGAAGCAAAUGGCAUUUGAAGAAGGGCAACAGACCAUCAGCACUAACUUUAAAGCAAUUGGUAUGGAUAUAGUAAAAAAAUGUAAGGGAGUGCCUCUUGCUAUAAAGAUAAUAGGACGGGUCUUAAAUCACAAAAAAACAGAAGCUGAAUGGUCAUACAUCAAGAAUAUUGAAUUGUCAAAGGUACCUAAGUUGAAAGAUGGUAUUAUGCCGGUUUUAAAAUUGAGUUACGAUCAUCUCCCACCACAUUUGAAAUGUUGUUUCGCAUAUUGUUCAUUGUUUUCCAAAGAUUAUUUGAUUGAUAAGUUGAAAUUGAUACAACUAUGGAUAGCACAAGGAUUUAUCCAAUCACCAGAUGAGAACUUACUACUAGUGGAUGUUGCCGAUGAUUACUUCAAGGAGCUACUUUGGAGAUCCUUCUUCCAAGAAGCAGAAGAAGAUGGAGGCAAGAAUAGAAGGUUUAAAAUGCAUGAUUUAAUACAUGAUCUUGCACAAUAUGUAUCAGAGACUGAUUGUACACUAGUUGAUUCCAAUGCAAAAAAUGUGAAAGAAAAAGGACACCAUCUAUCGUUUCCAUUUUACAAUGUUUCAUUCUUUGAGGAGAAUUUAAGCAAGUUGGUUAAAGCAAACAAGAUACGAACAUUUAUAUUGGUGUACGAUAAUUGGGCCUAUAAGCGGGGAAGAAUUGAAGAAUCAACUCUCAAAAAACUUAUUUCUAGUUUUAGAUACUUGCGUGCAUUAGACCUACAUGGUUUAAAUAUGAAGAUGUUGCCAGAUACCAUAGGUACUUUGAUGUGUCUAAAGUACCUUGACCUUUCCUUUAAUGAUAUUAAGGAUCUCCCUAGUUCAAUUACAAAAUUGGUGAAUUUGCAAACAUUAAAGCUCUUUUAUUGUACUAAUCUUAAGGAGUUACCAACAGAUAUUGGAAAAUUGGUCAGCCUCAAACACCUCGACAUACAUGGUUGUAAGAAUUUGACUCAUAUGUCAUGGGGAUUUGGGCAAUUGACUUCUCUUCAAACAUUAGAUCUCUCUUGUUGUACAAUGCUUCAGGAAUUACCAACAGAUAUUGGAAAAUUGGUCAGCCUCAAACACCUCGACAUACAUGGUUGUAAGAAUUUGACUCAUAUGCCAUGGGGAUUUGGGCAAUUGACUUCUCUUCAAACAUUAAAUCUCUCUGAGUGUGAAGAGCUAAGUGAGUUACCAGCUAAUGUUGAAAAAUUGGUCAGCCUCAAGCACCUUGACCUAAAAGGUUGUUGGAAUUUGACUCAUAUGCCAUGUGGAUUAGGGCAAUUGACUUCUCUUCAAACAUUAAACUUAUUUGUUGUGAGUAAGGGUUCUUCCAGUGGACUAGUAGAAUUAAACAAGCUAAACGACCUGAGAGGAAGUAUAGAGAUUAAAAAUUUGGCAUGGCUGAAAGAUGCCACCUCAGAAUUCAAGGUUGCAAAUUUGAAGGAGAAGGAACAUCUCAGUGAAUUGAGAUUAUACUGGAAUCCGGAGGGUUAUGAUGGCGUACAUGCCAGUGAUGAUGAAAAUUCCAUGGGUGGCCUCCAACCACAUCAAAGUUUAAAAUCUUUGAGAGUGGACGGGUAUAUGGGUGUGAGAGUUUCAAGUUGGCUGUCAUUCUUAACAAAUCUCGUUAAUUUAUGGAUAUUCGAUUGUAAGAAGUGCCAAUAUUUGCCACCGUUGUAUCAACUCCCAUCUCUCCGAGAACUAAGACUUGCGAAUAUGGAUGGUCUGGAGUACAUGACAGACGGGGAUAUGAAUGAUGAGAUAUCUGCUUCACUGGCAUCACCAUCAACAUUUUUCCCAUCCCUUGAGACAGUCUCUCUAAUGGGUUCUCAUAAUCUAAAGGGAUGGUGGAGGAGUGUGGAUAAGGGGAAUGAGGCAACAACGACAUCAACAAUAUCUUCGUCACCAUCAACUAAUCACUAUCACCAACACAUACCUUCCUUUCCGCGUCUUUCUUAUUUAAGUUUCUACGAUUGCCCUAUGAUGACUUGCAUGCCGCUAUUUCCAAAUCUUGAAGAAGGGCUUUUUUUGAGUAAUAGCAGUUGGAAGGCAUUGGAAGAGACAAUAGAGAUGAAUAAUGGGGGAGGAAGGGCUUCUUCAUUUCCGUCCUCUUCUUCUUCCUCUUCCUCCUCCUUCUCCCCUCCUCUCUCCAAAUUAAAGAAAUUGUUUUUGAGACUGGAGUUGGAGUCUCUGCCAGAGGAGUGGUUUAAAAACCUAACUUCUCUUGAGAGUUUAAAGAUUCAAUUGUGUCCUAAUCUGACGUCACUUCCCGAAGGGAUGAGUCACCUCACCUCUUUACAGAGCCUGAGUAUUGAGGGCUGUCCCCAAUUAAAGCAAAGAUGCGAGAAGGAAAAUGGAGAGGAUUGGGAUAAGAUUUCUCACAUCCCAAAUCUUGACAUAUUUUGAACUACUGCAUACGCUUUCCUGAAAGAACAAGAGGAUUUCAAAUGGGAAGAAGAAAGCUUAUUCUUGAACUUUCAGAAGUUGGUAGACAAGAUUCUUUUAGACAAAAAUGGCUGAGUCAGACAUGGAUGAUGAUAAUGACAAAAAAAUAGCACCGAGAUAUUUUGAAGUGCAAAGCAAUCUUUUGAAAGGGUGUCAGCAAGAACAGGGGACAAUUGGUAAAAACUUCUCACAUCCUAGAGAGAGGCCCCUGUGAACUGUGAAGGUCUGAGAAGAGUGUGGUUUCCAAGUGCAGUGGUUCCAAGCGGAAACCUUCUAAAACAGGCUUCAUCAUGGGCAUUGAAUUUGAGAAACAAGACAGCGACCUCAUUUCAAAUUUUCUUGAAUUAUUGGGCUUUGAUGAUUUAAUUGGUUUCAAAAGUUCUAUGGAAGAAGAAUGUCAUGAUAUUGAUGAGGCAAGCUUGUGGUAUAGGAGGAGAAUUGGAUCAAAGAUGAUGGGAUUUAAAGAGAAGACAGCCCCCUCAUGACUGCUACCAUGUUUGAAAGCAAGGGUGUGUUGAAUUAUAUUCUGGAAACCAGUUUUAUUGAUGUUAACCAGGCUUCUGGUUUGGACGGGUUUCUGCACUUCAUUUUGUUGCUGCUGUGGACUUUGCUAUUUAAGGAAAGGAUGGAGAAGCACACUAUGCUGCUUCUAGGAAGCACUCAGAGGGAAGAGGACAGCAAGAGGGAAAUCACUGUGAUCGUGGCAUGUAAUGUAGAAGAAGAUGGAGAAGUCAUUAUGGAUUUAGAGCAAACAGAUGAGCAAGAAACACCAGGUAUCCCACUGCAUGCCAUUAGUGGUGACCAAUGCACCCAAGGCAUUGAAGGUAAUUUUAGCUUUACAUAAGAAAUUACAGCGAAAUCUGCUGGAGCUACCGGCAUGGAUUUUGUGUCCAAGAAAUUGAAGAAGAAAUAUAACAUCACUAGCAUGAAGUUGCUUAUACAUGGGCAGAUUCUAUAAAUGGAUGGGAGUUCCUUCCUAUGCAUUCAAGUGCAAGAUAUGCACAUUAUGUUACAAACAUUGAUUACGCGCAGAAACCUUUUGAAACAAGGUUUCAUCAUGGGCAGUGAAUUUGACAAACAAGCAGUUUGCAAAAAUCUUUUCAAUUUUUCUUGAAUUAUCAGACUUCGAUGAUUUAAUUGGUUUCAAAAGUGAUGUGGAGAAAAGAAUGUCAUGAUAUUGGUGAGGCAAGCUUGUGGUAUGGGAGGAGAAUUGGGUUCAAAGAUGAUGGGGUUUGAAGAGAAGACAGCCCUCAUGACUGCUACCAUGUUUGGAAGCAAGGUUGUGUUAAAUUAUAUACUGGAAACCGGUUGUUGCUGUUGUGGACCUUGCUAUUUCAACCGAGGUUGUUAAGCUCUUGCUUGAUGCUUCUGCACUUCAUUUUGUAUAUUGUUGCAUACUGUUGACUAUGUACAGUACACCUUGUUCAUUUUAUUCCUGUUGUUUCUUUGC